AUGACAAAAUGGCAUUCAAUUAUAAGAGAUUUAUUAAAUGAGAUUAUAAAUCAAUAUAAUAUUACACUAACUAACUUUACACAAACUGUUAAUCAAUUUAGUCAAAUAUAUAUAAAUAAUACACUUCCGCUAGGCAUAAUUAUAUCCAAGACAACUCUACCAACACAAAAUAAAGCAGCAACAGCAAGAAAUAAUAAAGAGAAUCCAUCAAGAUAUUUGGAAACCAAGCAAGGCAAUACAAUAUCAAACAGCAAACCCUCCAAACCCAAUAUUGGGAAUAACCCAAAGAAAGCCCAAUAUUGCUGA